AUGUCUUCUGGCUGUUUGAGCUUAGGUAUUGAAUGGGAGAGAGUUCGAGAUGAACGAGCUAUUCCGUUCGGUCUUAUCGCUAUUGAUGAGAAAAGCAGUCGUAAUGGUAGAUUGGUAGAUUCGGAAAUGACAAUUCAUAGAAUCCGCUGGGGAGAAUCUUGCAAUAAGUUUGAUUAUCCGCGGAAUCGUUAUGUGUUUGUCUCACAAACUGCAUAG